GACGCUUCUGAAUUUGAAAGUAAAGCUUUGGCCGCUCUUGCCACCAUGAAGGGUCCAUCGGUGCUGUCAGCGCCCUUGCUUUUCGUAAUAAUCGUCAGUUUUGGUCAUAUGUGUGCUGCAGAUGAGCAGCAUUACUCACACGCAGAUUGCACUUAUUUAAAAGAAAAUGAAGCCAGUCCAUACUACGGAGGGCGGUGUUUUUGCUACAGCUCCGGUACAGCAAUAAAAUGGAACGACUUCUGCUCCACUUUUCAGGUGCAUGUGGCCAGUGCUUAUGAUGUUCACAUCACUUUCCCGCUGGAGGGAAACGGCUCUCAGCGGCCUAGGGUCCUCGUGACUCAGCUGAGGGGCCUGCUGACACAGUUCUGGCCCUGGGGUGCUCAGGAGGAUCUUGGGGUGGGCAUCCCGAUGGAGGGCAAGGAAGUCUGCUUCGCUGUCCAAGCCAAGCCCAACGUGGGGUACUCCUUGCAUCUAACAGGCAAACGAGUCAACUGGAUGCAUUUCAGCCUGUUUCUGUGUGGAGUCUUCCUGUUCCUCUCUGCCAGGACGAUGUGCAGGAGUACCCUGGUCUACUAUGUCACAAACGUUUCCCUGGGAAUUCUCUUCCCUGGGAGUUAUAUCCUCAUACUGCUGGCUCUGAAAGGCUUCACACGGAGGAAAAUCCUGUUCCUGGUGCUGCUGGCAGUAAGCUGUGGAUUAAAUUGGCUGACCUGUAGAUGGCUGCUGACCAACUGGGAUCCAGCUCUGUUCCUCUACAGGAAGGAGCUCCUGGGAUACCUGCUGCUGUCCGGUGCUGUCAGCUUCGCCGUCUGCCGCAGGCAUCGCCCCGACACGGGGACGUGCACCCUGGCGGUGAUGACCUGGGGGCUCCGGGGGGUGGGCCUGGGCCUGAUCUACCUGGGUGUAUCAUACCUGCCGGCGGCCCAUGUGACAGCAGGCGUCUUGCUGGGCCUGAAGCUCCUGCCGCUGUGCUGGGUGUUCCUCCGUGGGCUCUGCAGAGAAGUGGGUUACCCACUUGCCUCGGUUCUGGGUCCACUCUGGCCUGGACGGCCGCAGGCCCGGCUGCUGACGGAGGAAGAGUACCGAGAGCAGGGGGAGGUGCAGACGAGGGCAUCGCUGGAGGAGCUCAGGCAGUACUGCAACAAGCCGGGCUUCCCCGCUUGGGGCACCGUGCUGCGGCUGCGCUACCCCCAGAGGUUCGCUGAGUUCCUGCGCAGCGGCUCCCACGUCACCGCGGAGGAGUCCCAGAACCAUGACCGCCAGUAUGGGGUGGGAGGUGCCUUCUUUGAGGACAUGAUCUUCAGCUCAGGAAGUGCCACAGACCCCGGCAUCGGGAGGCCGUCCUCCCAGCUGGGGGCUGGUGACGACGUCUUUGCCGACGAACCGGGUGGUCAGGAGUCUGUCCCACCCCCCACACCCGGGUUGCCCCCUCCUGGCACCCCCUACACCCCCAUGCCGCAGGUCGGCCCCCUGGCCUACAAUCUGGCCCUGUGUCCCUACCCCUCCACCCCCUACAUACCCCUUUCAGAGCCCAUGGACACAGAAGAGCCCUUCUGAGGGGUCCCACCACUGGUUGCCUUGGUAACCCUGAUGGGGUUAAUUAACCAUGUCUGAAUCUUACACAUCACACACACAGUCCUGUUCUUAAAGAACAACUGCAGCCCUGGAGGGAAUUCAGCAGUUAUAAGCGUGUUUUUAUGUUGUUUGUUUCCGAGAGGCAUUUUUAAAGAUACAGGUUAUUCUAUUAUUUCAGGCAGUGAAUACCCAGGGUAUACAAAAGAGACCUUCAUCCGAUUUGCGUAAAUUUAACCUCUUUCAUUUCUAAUAUGAGUUUUCUGUAUUUCAAGUGCCUGGGGGUAAGUUUCUGUUGUUCACCUGACUGGUAGAAGUUUCCUCAUUGAUUCCUGCUGCCCCCCAGUGGUUGAUUAUCGGAACUUAAAUUCUUGUUUUUUUCCCUGCCGUACUCCAAGUGUUGACUUUUCUGGCUCAAACUUUUGCUGUUAUCUGUUCUACCUCAGCUUUUAAUUUGUUUGCAUUAGAAGUUAGCUCACCAUGGAUAAAUCUGUAUGUUUGUGUGGGCAGUGGUGUCUUUAUGGUUAGGGGAAGCGCACUUGUAACUGAAAGAUUGUUGGUUCGAAUCCCCGACCAUCAAGGCACCACUGAGGUACCUUGAGCAAGGUACUGCCGCCAAGCACUGCUCCCCGGGCGCUGAAUCAACGUCACAUAUAGAUUAAAUGCAGUGCAAUGUUGUGCGCUGUGGUGUGUCAACAAUUACCACUGAUCACUAAAUUCUAAAAAAUUCCCAAAUUGGGAAAAAGAAGAAUAAGGUAACUGGAAACACAAUAUCCCAAAAAAGUAACUACAUCUUUCAGGUGAUGCCUGCGCACAAAAUGCCUAGAUAAUAUAUUUAUUAUGUGAUAUUUUAAAGUAUGAAAUUUUUUGCAAACUUGAUGACAAUAUGGCUUUUGUUUCUUAAUCUUGGCUAAUGAAAAUCAAAACCUGUUUGUUAAACAGAUACAGUUUUAAUAAAAACCAUUUUUACAGAG